ACACACGCACGCACGCACGCACGUCAGGGAGACACAGGUCAGACAGUACGCACUGGGGUAGGACUAAAGACAGUACGCACUGGGGUAGGACUAAAGACAGUACGCACUGGGGUAGGACUAAAGACAGUAUAACACUGGGGUAGGACUAAAGACAGUAUACCACUGGGGUAGGACUAAAGACAAUACACACUGGGGUAGGACUACAGACAGUACGCACUGGGGUAGGACUAGAGACAGUACGCACUGGGGUAGGACUAAAGACAGUACGCACUGGGGUAGGACUAAAGACAGUACGCACUGGGGUAGGACUAAAGACAGUACGCACUGGGGUAGGACUAGAGACAGUACGCACUGGGGUAGGACUAGAGACAGUACGCACUGGGGUAGGACUAGAGACAGUACGCACUGGGGUAGGACUAAAGGCAGUACGCACUGGGGUAGGACUAAAGACAGUACGCACUGGGGUAGGACUAAAGACAGUACGCACUGGGGUAGGACUAAAGACAGUACGCACUGGGGUAGGACUAAAGACGGUACACACUGGGGUAGGACUAAAGACAGUAUAACACUGGGGUAGGACUAAAGACAGUAUACCACUGGGGUAGGACUAAAGACAGUAUAACACUGGGGUAGGACUAAAGACAGUAUACCACUGGGGUAGGACUAAAGACAGUAUACCACUGGGGUAGGACUAAAGACAGUAUACCACUGGGGUAGGACUAGAGACAGUACGCACUGGGGUAGGACUAGAGACAGUAUACCACUGGGGUAGGACUAAAGACAGUACGCACUGGGGUAGGACUAAAGACAGUACGCACUGGGGUAGGACUAAAGACAGUAUACCACUGGGGUAGGACUAAAGACAUUAUACCACUGGGGUAGGACUAGAGACAGUACGCACUGGGGUAGGACUAGAGACAGUACGCACUGGGGUAGGACUAAAGACAGUAUACCACUGGGGUAGGACUAAAGACAGUACGCACUGGGGUAGGACUAAAGACAGUACGCACUGGGGUAGGACUAAAGACAGUACGCACUGGGGUAGGACUAGAGACAGUACGCACUGGGGUAGGACUAAAGACAGUACGCACUGGGGUAGGACUAAAGACAGUACGCACUGGGGUAGGACUAAAGACAGUACGCACUGGGGUAGGACUAGAGACAGUACGCACUGGGGUAGGACUAAAGACAGUACGCACUGGGGUAGGACUAAAGACAGUAUACCACUGGGGUAGGACUAUAGACAGUACGCACUGGGGUAGGACUAGAGACAGUACGCACUGGGGUAGGACUAACUACACCCCAAAACAACAUCUGGGUCAGAUGGUUUAGACCCUUUCUUCUUUAAGGUUGCUGUUCCUAUCAUCGCCAAGCCUAUCUCUGACCUUUUGAACCUGUCUCUCCUCUCUGGGGAGGUUACCAUUGCUUGGAAGGCAGCCACAGUGCCUCCUUUAUUUAAAGGGGGAGAUCAAUCUGAUCCUAACUGUUAAUGGCCAAUUUCUAUUUUGCCCUGUUUAUCAAAAGUGUUGGAAAAACUUGUCAAUAAUCAACUGACUGGCUGUCUUGAUGUCUAUAGUUUUCUCUCUGGUAUGCAGUCUGGUUCCCACUCAGGUUAAUAUAUAAUAAUUAACUGACUGGCUUUCUUGAUGUCUAUAGUUUUCUCUCUGGUAUGUAUCUGGUUUCCGCUCAGGUUAAUAUAUAAUAAUCAACUGACUGGCUGUCUUGAUGUCUAUAGUUUUCUCUCUGGUAUGUAUCUGGUUUCCGCUCAGGUUAAUAUAUAAUAAUCAACUGACUGGCUGUCUUGAUGUCUAUAGUUUUCUCUCUGGUAUGCAGUCUGGUUCCCACUCAGGUUAAUAUAUAAUAAUCAAUUGACUGGCUGUCUUGAUGUCUAUAGUUUUCUCUCUGGUAUGUAUCUGGUUUCCGCUCAGGUUAAUAUAUAAUAAUCAACUGACUGGCUGUCUUGAUGUCUAUAGUUUUCUCUCUGGUAUGCAGUCUGGUUCCCACUCAGGUUAAUAUAUAAUAAUCAACUGACUGGCUGUCUUGAUGUCUAUAGUUUUCUCUCUGGUAUGCAGUCUGGUUCCCACUCAGGUUAAUAUAUAAUAAUCAACUGACUGGCUGUCUUGAUGUCUAUAGUUUUCUCUCUGGUAUGCAAUCUGGUUUCCAUUCAGGUUAUGGACGUGUCACUGCAACCUUUAAAGGUCCUCUAUGAUGUCACCAUUGCCCUUGAUUCUAAGCAAUGUUGUGCUGCUAUUUGUAUUGACUUGGCCAAAGCUUUUGAUACGGUAGACCAUUCCAUUAUUUUGGGCCGGCUAAGGAGUAUUGGUGUCUCUGAGGGGUCUUUGGCCUGGUUUGCUAACUACCUCUCUCAAAGAGUGCAGUGUAUAAAGUCAGAAAAUCUGCUGUCUCAGCCACUGCCUGUCACCAAGGGAGUACCCCAAGGCUCGAUCCUAGGUCCCACGCUCUUCUCAAUUUACAUCAACAACAUAGCUCAGGCAGUAAGAAGCUCUCUCAUCCAUUUAGAUGCUGAUGAUACAGUCUUAUACUCAGCUGGCCCCUCCCUGGAUUUUGUGGUAAACGCCCUACAACAAAGCUUUCUUAGUGUCCAACAAGCUUUCUCUACCCUUAACCUUGUUCUGAACACCUCCAAAACAAAGGUCAUGUGGUUUGGUAAGAAGAAUGCCCCUCUAUCCACAGGUGUGAUUACUACCUCUGAGGGUUUAGAGCUUGAUGUAGUCACCUCAUACAAGUACUUGGGAGUAUGGCUAGACGGUACACUGUCCUUCUCUCAGCACAUAUCAAAGCUGCAGGCUAAAGUUAAAUCUAGACUUGGUUUCCUCUAUUGUAAUCGCUCCUCUUUCACCCCAGCUGCUAAACUAACCCUGAUUCAGAUGACCAUCCUACCCAUGCUAGAUUACGGAGAUGUAAUUUAUAGAUCGGCAGGUAAGGGUGCUCUCGAGCGGCUAGAUGUUCUUUACCAUUCGGCCACCAGAUUUGCCACCAAUGCUCCUUAUAGGACACAUCACUGCAAUCUAUACUCCUCUGUAAACUGGUCAUCUCUGUGUACCCGUCGCAAGACCCACUGGUUGAUGCUUAUUUAUAAAACCCUCUUAGGCCUCACUCCCCCCUAUCUGAGAUAUCUACUGCAGCCCUCAUCCUCCACAUACAACACCCGUUCUGCCAGUCACAUUCUGUUAAAGGUCCCCAAAGCACACACAUCCCUGGGUCGCUCCUCUUUUCAGUUCGCUGCAGCUGGCGACUGGAACGAGCUGCAACAAACACUCAAACUGGACAGUUUUAUCUCAAUCUCUUCAUUCAAAGACUAAAUCAUGGACACUCUUACUGACAGCUGUGCCCAAUAAUAUUUGUACCCUGUUUUGUGUUGCUACCAUGUUGUUGUCAUGUUGUGUUGCUACCAUGUUGUUGUCAUGUUGUGUUGCUACCAUGUUGUUGUCAUGUUGUGUUGCUACCAUGUUGUUGUCAUGUUGUGUUGCUACCAUGUUGUUGUCAUGUUGUCAUGUGGUGUUGCUACCAUGUUGUUGCCAUGUUGUGUUGCUACCAUGUUGUUGUCAUGUUGUGUUGCUACCAUGUUGUGCUACCAUGUUGUGUUGCUACCAUGUUGUGUUGCUACCAUGUUGUUGUCAUGUUGUGUUGCUACCAUGUUGUGUUGCUACCAUGUUGUUGCCAUGUUGUGUUGCUACCAUGUUGUUGCCAUGUUGUGUUGCUACCAUGUUGUUGUCAUGUUGUGUUGCUACCAUGUUGUUGUCAUGUUGUGUUGCUACCAUGUUGUUGUCAUGUUGUGCUGCUGCCAUGUUGUUGUCAUGUUGUGUUGCUACCAUGUUGUUGUCAUGUUGUGUUGCUACCAUUUUGUUGUCAUGUGUUGCUGCCUUGCUACUUUGUUUUAGUAGGUCUCUCUUUAUGUAGUGUUGUGUUGUCUCUCUUGUCGUGAUGUGUGUGUUGUCGUAUAUUUUUUUUAAAUUUAUGUUUAUUUUUAAUCCCAUUCCCCGUCCCCGCAGGAGGCCUUUUGCUUUUUGGUAGGCCGUCAUUGUAAAUAAGAAUUUGUUCUUAACUGACUUGCCUAGUUAAAUAAAAAAUCUAAAGAAAUGUUCACUCUGUCAAUUAGGUUCGUAUUGUGGAGUAACUACAAUGUUGUUGAUCCAUCCUCAGUUUUCUCCUAAUCACAGCCAUUAAACUCUGUAACUGUUUUAAAGUCACCAUUGGCCUCAUGCUGAAAUCCCUGAGCGGUUUCCUUACUCUCUGGCAACUGAGUUAGGAAGGACGCCUGUAUCUUUGUAGUGACUGGGUGUACUUAAUAACUUCAACAUGUUCAAAGGGAUGUUCUGUCUGCUUUUUACAUUUUUACCCAUCUACCAAUUGGUGCCCUUCUUUGCGAGGCAUUGGAAAACCUCCCUGGUCUUUGUGCUCGAAUCUGUGCUUGAAAUUCCCUGCUCGACUGAGGGACCUUACAGAUAAUUGUAUGUGUGGGAUGAGGUAGUCAUUAAGAACCCCUGUUGAUUCUUUAGAGUCUAAGACGUUGGGGGAGGGGUGGUGCUAAACGGACAUGUUUUAAGACAUACUAUGGAUCAUUUAGCCAUUUGAUUUAGAAUGUUAGGACACCUUUAAGUAUAAAACAUAAAUAACAAUAAUUUCAUAAAAUAUUGAAUUUUGGUAUUUAAAUAUUACUACAUUGAAUAACACAUUUAUAAAUGGUGAAAAGGACAGUAAAUAAUAAAUCCAAAGACACAAGAUUCUGAAGUAAAUCUACACAUAUUUAACCCCAUUAUUUGAGUUGACACAAAACUACCUCCAUUAGUUGUUUUUUUAACUGGUUACAUUCAGAUGAGUCCUGUCGUAGAGCAAAACGGAGAAAACCAUCGUGUUCGUGAGAGUCUCCCCUUUCCAUUGAGUGGUCAUGAUAGUUUUUAGGUCAAACCGUUCGGACGCUACAGACAUCGUCUCUAACUAUGUCACCAUCGCUGAUGCGGAAGUGCCUGGAUUGAGACGCAUCCAAUGCAACAAUAUCUCUAGAUUAAACUGGCAGAUUCUGACGGGGAUGUUGACGGUGCGUCAAUCGACUCUAGGGGGUUCAACCUUGGGAAAAUCCUCUUCAUUAACAGCAGACUCCUACAUUUCCUCAGUGAAAACAAUGUCCUGAGCAAAUGUCAAAUUGGCUUUUUACCAAAAUGGGUGGCAGGUAGCCUAGUGGUUAGAGCGUUGGACUAGUAACCGAAAGGUUGCAAGUUCCAAUCCCCGAGCUGACAAGGUAAAAAUCUAUCGUUCUGCCCCUGAACAGGCAGUUAACCCACUGUUCCUAGGCCGUCAUUGAAAAUAAAAAUGUGUUCUUAAAUGCCUAUUGGAUUUAUUUGCCUAGUUAAAUAAAAAAUAAAUAACAAAAACUACGACAGACCACAUAUUCACCCUGCACAUCCUAAUUUGACAAACAAACCAACCAAAGGCAGUAUUCUCAUGCUUUGUUGAUUUCAAAAAAGCUUUUGGCUGAAUUUGGCAUGAGGGUCUGCUUUACAAGUUGGUGGAAAGCGGUGAUGGGGGGAAAUACGACAACAUGUACAUGAACAAUCCAUGUACACAAACAACAAGUGUUAAAAUUGGCAAAAAACCACAGAUUUUUAUUUUUUAUUAUUAUUAUUUUACACGUCCGUGGGGUGACACAGGAAGUCCGUUUAACUAUCAUUGUAAGUAAGAAUUUGUUCUUAAUUGACUUGCCUAAUUAAAUAAAGGUUACGUUUAAAAAAACAAAUUUAAACUUACUCUUUAAAGUUGUAAUAGUAGAAUCCACAAGGUGCAAUUUCUAUAUUGGGUAUUACAUCAUCAGUUCCUCUUGUCAUUACAGACCUUAAAGAUAUUUAUAACUUAUCAGAAAUGCCCAGAUCAACUAGCCCAUGCCAGCUACCGUUUUUAUAGUUAGUGUUUUUUAGCCUAUAGAUAAUGUUGUAAUUUUGUGUCACUCAAAUAUCACAUUAUAUACACAUUAAAUGUAUAUAAAGUAUAUAAUUGCAAGAAAAUUUGCUUUAAAACUGCUAAAUGUUGUUUUCACCCCAUGACCAAAAUGUGUAGAAUUGCAGGAAAUAAGCUUUAAACCUGUAAAAUUCUCUCCGCCAGUAAGAGGAGCGGUUUGUCAUGAGCUUGUUGCCAUGGAAUGUGGUGCGACAGCUCGCGCGGGAUGUUCCCCAACGCUGGGGCGAAACCGUUUAGGAACCACUGCUCUAGGGCAACGGUGUCUAGAUAUCAUUUGUAUUCGUGGUCCUGGCAACUGGACCUUUUUUGGAACACCAUUAUUUUUGUCUUACUGAGAUUUACUGUCAGAGCCCAGGUCUGACAGAAUCUGUGCAGAAGAUCUAGGUGCUGCUGUAGGCCCUCCUUGGUUGGGGACAGAAGGACCAGAUUAUCUGAAAACAGUAGACAUUUGAUUUCUGAGUCCGGUAGGUUAAGGCUGGGUGCUUGUAGACUGUUUUAGUGCCCUUGCCAAUUCUUUGAUCAUUUAAAUAUUUUUUAUUUUAUUUAACCUUUAUUUAACUAGGCAAGUCAGUUAAGAACAAAUUCUUAUUUACAAUGACAUCCUACCGGAGAACAGUGGGUUAACUGCCUUGUUCAGGGGCAGAAUGACAGAUUUGUACCUUGUCAGCUCUGGGAUUCGAUCCAGCAACCUUUCGGUUACUGGCCCAACGCUCUAACCACUAGGCUACCUGCUGCUCCAUGAGUAACUUUAAAGCUCUAAGGAGUGUGCCCCUCAGUUUGAGCACACAAAAAACGACAUACAUAAACAUCAGCGCCACAGGUAACUUCCACAAAGCUGUGAACGAGGCACAUAAAAUUCGACAUACUAAUUAGGAUCUGUCUAAAAAUACUUUAAUCAGUUCUAGAACCAUUGCCCUUUAUGGUUGUGAGGUGUGGAGUCCGCUCACCAUUUAAACAGAUAAAAAUACACCUUAUGGAACAGCGGGGACUGUGAAGAGACACAAACAUAGUCACAAUAACAUACACACUAUACACACGUACACAUGGAUUUUGUGUUGUAAAUAUAUGAUAGUAGAGUAGGGUCCUGAGGGCACACACUCAAUGUGAAAUCUGUUGUUAAUGUAAUGUUUUUCAAAUUGUACUGCCUUAAUGUUCCUGGACCCCAGAAAGAGUAGCUGCUGCCUUGGCAGGAACUAAUGGGGAUCCAUAAUAAACCCCAGGAAGAGUAGCUGCUGCCUUGGCAGGAACUAAUGGGGAUCCAUAAUAAACCCCAGGAAGAGUAGCUGCUGCCUUGGCAGGAACUAAUGGGGAUCCAUAAUAAACCCCAGGAAGAGUAGCUGCUGCCUUGACAGGAACUAAUGGGGAUCCAUAAUAAACCCCAGGAAGAGUAGCUGCUGCCUUGGCAGGAACUAAUGGGGAUCCAUAAUAAACCCCAGGAAGAGUAGCUGCUGCCUUGGCAGGAACUAAUGGGGACCCAUAAUAAACCCCAGGAAGAGUAGCUGCUGCCUUGGCAGGAACUAAUGGGGAUCCAUAAUAAACCCCAGGAAGAGGAGCUGCUGCCUUGGCAGGAACUAAUGGGGAUCCAUAAUAAACCCCAGGAAGAGUAGCUGCUGCCUUGACAGGAACUAAUGGGGAUCCAUAAUAAACCCCAGGAAGAGUAGCUGCUGCCUUGACAGGAACUAAUGGGGAUCCAUAAUAAACCCCAGGAAGAGUAGCUGCUGCCUUGGCAGGAACUAAUGGGGAUCCAUAAUAAACCCCAGGAAGAGUAGCUGCUGCCUUGACAGGAACUAAUGGGGAUCCAUAAUAAACCCCAGGAAGAGAUGCUGCUGCCUUGGCAGGAACUAAUGGGGAUCCAUAAUAAACCCCAGGAAGAGUAGCUGCUGCCUUGACAGGAACUAAUGGGGAUCCAUAAUAAACCCCAGGAAGAGUAGCUGCUGCCUUGGCAGGAACUAAUGGGGAUCCAUAAUAAACCCCAGGAAGAGUAGCUGCUGCCUUGGCAGGAACUAAUGGGGAUUCAUAAUAAACCCCAGGAAGAGUAGCUGCUGCCUUGGCAGGAACUAAUGGGGACCCAUAAUAAACCCCUGGAAGAGUAGCUGCUGCCUUGGCAGGAACUAAUGGGGAUCCAUAAUAAACCCCAGGAAGAGUAGCUGCUGCCUUGGCAGGAACUAAUGGGGAUCCAUAAUAAACCCCAGGAAGAGUAGCUGCUGCCUUGGCAGGAACUAAUGGGGAUCCAUAAUAAACCCCAGGAAGAGUAGCUGCUGCCUUGACAGGAACUAAUGGGGAUCCAACAUAAACCCCAGGAAGAGUAGCUGCUGCCUUGACAGGAACUAAUGGGAUCCAUAGUAAAUGCAAAUACCAACCAAGAACUCACAAAAUGGGACAAACACCUAAUUGAGAUUUUGCAUGCAGAAUUCUGCGAAAACAUCCUCAGUGUACAACACAAAACCACAAAUAAUGCAUGCAGAGUAGAAUUAGUACGAUACCCGCUAAUUAGGAAAUUCCAGAAAAUAAACGUUAAAUUCUAAAACUAACUAAAAGGAAGUGAUUCCCAAACCUUCAUUAGUAAAGCACUCACCUACAGAGAGAUGUCCCUCAGCCAGCAACACAAGAGCCCCAGGACAACAACACAAUUAGACCCAACCAAAUCAUGAGAAAACAAAAAGAUAAUUACUUGACACAUUGGAAAGAAUUAACAACAAACAGAGCAAACUAGAAUGCUAUUUGGCCCUAAACAGAGAGUACACAGUGGCAGAAUACCUGACCACUGUGACUGACCCAAACUUAAGGAAAGCUUUGACUAUGUACAGACUCAGUGAGCAUAGCCUUGCUAUUGAGAAAGGCCGCCAUAGGCAGACAUGGCUCUCAAGAGAAGACAGGCUAUGUGCUCACUGCCCACAAAAUGAGGUGGAAACCGAGCUGCACUUCCUAACCUCCUGCCCAAUGUAUGACCAUAUUAGAGAGACUACCCUGAAGAGAUGAGUUGAGACCGAGUCUGCGUCUCUCACAUGGGUAGGCAGACCAUUCCAUAAAAAUGGAGCUCUAUAGGAGAAAGCCCUGCCUCCUGCUGUUUGCUUAGAAAUUCUAGGGACAGUAAGGAGGCCUGCGUCUUGUGACCGUAGAGUACGUGUAGGUGUGUACGUGUAACGGAUGUGAAAUGGCUAGCUAGUUAGCGGGUACGCGCUAGUAGCAUUUCAAUCAGUUACGUCACUUGCUCUGAGACUUAAGUAGUGUUGCCCCUUGCUUUGCAAGGGCCGUGGCUUUUGUGGAGCGAUGGGUAACGCUGCUUCGUGGGUGACUGUUGUCGAUGUGUGCAGAGGGUCCCUGGUUCGCGCCCGGGUCGGGGCGAGGGGACGGUUUAAAGUUAUACUGUUACAUACGGCAGGAUCAAAUCGGAAAGAUGGGUAGGAGCAAGCCCAUGUAAUGCUUUGUAGGUUAGCAGUAAAACCUUGAAAUCAGCUCUAGCCUUAACAGGAAGCCAGAGGCUAGCACUGGAGUAAUAUGAUCACAUUUUUUGUUGUACUCCAU